UAACGUCCAUGACAGUUUUGUUACUCACAAAAGCACGUGUUGGAACAAUUUCUUCUCAAAGAAAGUCUAAGAGUAAAACAUGUUCUAUUUUUAAUUACAAUAAUAAAUUUUGAUUAUUUUAAUAAAUAUUAAGAGCUGCUACAAUGGUUGUCAUAGGAAAGAAAAAGUAUAAAUCCGGAGAAGGGGCACAAUUUUUGACAAGAAAAUCAGCUCUUAAAAAAUUACAACUUUCUCUCAAUGAUUUUCGAAAACUAUGUAUUAUCAAAGGAAUUUAUCCGAGAGAGCCUCGCAAUCGAAAACGAGCUCAAAAGGGGAAACCAGGAAUAAAAAUUUUAUAUCACAAAAAGGACAUACAAUUUUUAAUGCACGAACCAAUUAUUUGGAAAUUACGUGACUAUAAGAUUUUUAAUAAAAAAGUAGGUCGUGCAAGAGCAAUGAAAGAUUUUUCGGAAAUGAAACGUUACUUGAGAAAUCAUCCAACAAUGAAAAUAGAUCAUAUUGUGAAGGAACGUUAUCCAACGUUUAUCGAUGCUUUAAGGGAUUUAGACGAUUGUCUUACACUUUGUUUUCUAUUCAGUACAUUUCCAUCGAUGCCACAUGUUCCAAGGGACCAGAGUAUUUUGUGUAGAAGAUUAACCGUCGAAUUUAUGCACGCUAUGAUUGCAGCAAAAGCAAUUAAAAAAGUGUUUGUUUCCAUUAAAGGUUAUUAUUAUCAAGCUGAAAUUAAAGGUCAAACAAUAACUUGGAUUGUGCCUCAUCAUUUUUCAUUUGAACCACAAAAGAAGAAUGAAGUGGAUUUUAAAGUGAUGUCAACUUUUGUUGAAUUUUACAUCGUUAUGCUUGGUUUCGUUAACUUCAGACUCUAUCAUUCAUUGAAUUUAUUUUAUCCACCAAAGUUCAAUACUAUUGAAAACAAUGUCAAAGCCCUGGUCGAUGAAGAGGCAUUUGUGUCAGAAAGAAUAAGUGCUCUAAAUGUUUCUCUACUUCCCGCAAAUUCUAGCGCACAAACUGCAGACGAAGAAGAAGAAAUAGAGAUUGACAGUUUUUCGAAGGAUGCAGAUCCCACAGCGCAAGAAGAAGCUAGAAAAGAAGCUGAAAAACUGAAGCAUUUAAAAACUUUAUUCAAAGGAUUGAAAAUUUAUAUAAAUCGCGAAGUGCCAAGGGAGCCAUUAGUUUUUAUCAUUCGUUGUUUUGGAGGAGAAGUUUCUUGGGAUAAGUUACUUUUUGUUGGUGCUUCUUUUGAUGAAAGCGAUGAAAGUGUUACACAUCAAAUUAUAGACAGGCCGAGUGUUGAUAAAGAAUAUUUGUCCAGAUAUUACGUUCAACCUCAAUGGAUAUUCGAUUCUGUAAACGCACGAGAAUUACUUCCUGUAGAAAAAUAUUUAAUGGGUGCAGUACUUCCGCCUCAUCUCUCGCCCUUCACAGACAAUCGACGAGAUCAAACUUACAUUCCACCUGAAGAACGAGUACUCAUGGAUCCCGAGUAUCGACUUCAUAAUCUCGAGGAAGAAAAUGAAGAUGACGAUGACGAAGAGGAGGAGGAGGAAGAAGAAGAUGCGUGUAAAGAGCAGAAAGAAACGGAAGUCAACGAAAGCACGAACGAAGUAGCUGAUAAUGAAGAAAAUAAGUCUGACACGGAAGAUGAAAAGGAAGAGAAUGAACGGGAACAAGAACGGAAAUUGAAGAAAAAGAAAAUGAAGACGAAGGCAGGUGAGGUUGUUAAAGAGGUUCCUUGGGAGAAGGAUCGUCAGGAAAGACAGGAGUAUCGACUUCGUGAAAAAAUGGUGAAGAAAAAACAUCGUAAAUUGUACAAGAGUAUGAUGAAAGGUCGAGAAGAUAGAGCCAAGGAAAUUUGGCUUUUAAGGAAAAAGAGACGCAUUCAUGAUAACGCGGAAAAGGAAAAACUCAAAGAAAUUCGAAAAACUAAAAAAGCUAAGGUUGAAUAAUAUUUUUGUUUUUAUUUAAGUUUGUAUAUUAGUAAUAUUUUAUUUCAUUAUUAAAUGAAAUGAAUUUAUAACUGUGUGUUGUUUUAAUGCACACAAAAUGAAGUAAUUUUUAUUAUAAUAAUAAUUAAAAAUUGUAAAAAAUUUACGAAAAUUAAAAAAAACUUUCAAAUUUUUAA